GUUCCGCUAUACAUCAGUUUGAACGUUCCAAGCAUCUGUCCAGCCACACAAUGGUGUUAAUUACCGCAGAUCUCAUUCGAAAACGUGCAGAACACAAUGAUGGGGAGAUAUACUCCCUUGAAGAAGUGGCUUUACAUCAACAAAAUCUUGAAAGGAUUGAGCUUAUUGAGAACUUGUGUAAAAGCCUUAGAAUAUUAUAUCUACAAAAUAAUCUCAUUCCAAAAAUCGAAAAUCUAUCAAAGUUGAAAAAACUAGAAUAUUUGAAUUUAGCUCUAAAUAAUAUUGAAAAAGUGGAGAACUUAGAAGGUUGCGAAUCCUUGAAAAAGCUAGAUUUGACAGUAAAUUUUAUUGGGGACUUGUUUAGUAUUGAAUCUUUAGGUAAUGUGCAUUUUCUUGAAGAACUUUAUUUAACUGGAAAUCCGUGCACAGAAUAUCCAGGGUAUAGAGAAUUUGUGAUUGCUACGUUGCCGCAAUUAAAAUUGCUAGAUGGAGUGGAAAUAACUAAAUCGGAACGCAUUAUCGCAUUGCAAAACUUGGAACGUAUUCGUCCAAUCAUAGAAGAAAAACAAAGAGAGCACGGAUUGAAAAGAAAUUCUGAAAAGGUCGAAGCAGUACGAAGAAAAGAAAGAUUCGCCAAGGCAAAUACAGAUUCCAGUUACACAACUAUGGGUUUAGAAGAAUAUUGGUCUGAAAAAGUUCCUUACACACCCGAAUCACGAAUUGAAACACAUGAAUAUAUGCAACAAAAAGAAAAAUCAAGACAAGAAACAAAAAACUCAAGGAUAGAACCGCGAGUAAUCACAAAAUAUUUUGCCGAAGACGGCCGACCAUACAAUAUCAACACAGCUAAGAUAGAGUUCAACCUCAAGGAAGAUAUAUUAGACGAUCACGAUGUUUACAUACUCGAUGUUGCUGUAUAUAAGCAUAUGGAUACAGCUUUGAUAAAAUGCGACAUACAAGUCAAUUACGUUCGAGUAACACUUAAAAGAAAGGUUUUCCAACUAGCUUUACCAGAUGAAGUUAGAGCCGAUGCUUCACAUGUUAAGCGUUCUUUAACGACAGGACAUUUGCUGAUUACUAUGCCAAAGGUAUAAAGUCGUUAUCAAGUUAAUCAAAUGUUUAUCACAAUCCUAAAUUCACAUGCUUUAAACGAUGUACUUUGCCCUUAACCUGGCCAUUUUUCGGAUUAAUAAUUUGGAUAUAUAAUUGUAGAACCUGAAGAGAAUUUAUCGAAAAGAAUAUUCUUCGUUCAAAUACUAGUCUUUUACCUGUUGAAAUCAUGAGUCAAUUGAAGCUAGACCACCAUGGAAAACCUGGACGGCCGUCUCGUCCUAGUAUGGGACUCCUCAGCAGUGCUUCCAGGGUUGGGGACUUGCGCUCUAGACUCAACUGGCUGGGUUAGACAGCGAAGCAGGGCCAAUCGGGACACUAGGUCGUUCAUUACGUGUUUACGUGUCACAGAAGCGAUCGAUAACUACGCUGCGCAUCUAACCUGCAAACCACCCGUUACAACAGUUUUCAAAUGUCAUUAUUCUUAUAGAAUAAUCAAAGUAGACAAUACUACGUUGAUGUGCUGUUUGAACGAUAAAACAACAUAUAAGUCUGUCCGCGAAUAACGAUUUUGAAAGGCACAUCACGGUAAUCAAAAUUUUCAAUAUGAAGAACCUGGUCAAAUUUUGACCAGCAAAAAUACCUGAUGCGUCUAUAUGCUUACUGAACUUCUGUCAUAUUUCUCUGUAUUCCAUGAAUCAAAUGUGUUCAUUAGUUCGUGAGGGUGACAAUCUUCAUAUAAACGUAUGAGAAAUCUUUUAAAGAUGAGUGCCUUAACUGUAAGAAUUCCUAAUUUUAUAACAAUAUUGGAAAUAGACCGAUAUCCAUCGAUGAAGAUUGAUUUACCACUUUUAACACAGAAUGAAGGCUGUUUAUUUAUUUUUAACCAAUAGCUGUAAAUUAUCAACAGUAAGGCAUCUCAGGAAAUCAGAAUAUCGGCAAAUAAUGAACAUAAAAGUUCUCACGAAAAAACCAACAAAACAAAUCAUAUUUUUGUUCAGGAUUUUAAUAAGCCAAACGCUACUAUUAGUGAACUCUCUGGAAACAAUUCAUCAAAAUGUAAGAAAUCGCUUCUUCACAUCAAAAAACAAUCGACGACCCCAAGAAUGUACAACGAAUAUAUUGAAGACUGUUCAGACGUUCCACCGCUUAUUUGAUUCGUGGGAUUUACAAACAAACCGUUUAUAUUUUGGACUGUUAAUUUUGAUUUAUGAAUGUAAAACAAACUUAAGUUUGAAUAUUUAUUUAGAAAGACACUGAUUUAUUUUGUUUUCCUCACGCUUUGCAUUUACAAAAUACUACAUGGUACUUAGCCUCACUUUCAAGAAAUGAGCCUCUGUUUGAACUAAAGAGAAAGUGCAUUGGGUUUCCAGAGGGAAAAGAAUCUGAAAUAUCUAUUUUUU